AUGGUUGGGAACUCUCCCAGAAUUGAAGACCUCUCCAACAACAAUUUUGGUGGUCCUUUGCCGGCCAACUUGGUGAUGAACCUUAAAAGCAUGAUGAAUGGUGAAGAUGGGCAAAACAAAUCAUUGUAUAUGACACAAUCACCGUCUUCCAGAGCGUGGUCAUAUGAAAAUUCCGUGACCGUGAGGAUGAAAGGGCUAGAGAUUCAGCUAGUAAAGAUCUUGACCAUCUUCACAACCAUUGACUUGUCGAACAACUCUUUUCAUGGGGAUAUCCCGGGAGUUAUUGGACAUCUUAAGUCUCUCAUAGGGCUCAAUCUUUCUCAUAACAAGUUUGCAGGUUCCAUCCCCCUGACUCUGGGGAACUUGACUAAUCUUGAAUGGCUUGAUCUUUCUUCGAACAAGCUUAGUGGAAAAAUUCCUAGAAAAUUGGGAGAUUUGACAUUCCUUGGGUACUUAAACCUUUCAAAGAACCAGCUCACCGAUCGAAUUCCUCAGGACCAGCAAUUGAGCACAUUUUCAAAUGACUCGUUCAAUGAGAAUCCAGGCUUAUGCGGAACUCCGUUGUCAAAAGCAUGCCCUAGCGAUGCUCAACCUCCUUCACCAUCAUCCUCGUCAAUUUUUGACCAUGAAGGACAUGAGAAUUGGUUCAAACAAAAAGCGGUGUGGAUAGGUUAUGCAUCGGGAAUUGUAAUUGGGAUUUCUAUAGCAUAUAUUGCAUUUGAAACACGAAGACCCAAGUGGCUCAUGCAAGGUGUGAGAAUGUUGGAGAGAAGGGCAGCCGAGUGGAUGGAGAAGCCAAAGCGGAAGGCCAUCAAAUUUUUUAGAAAAUGA